UGCGUGGUCAGUGAUGAUGGUGGGCAUAAAGCCUCAAACCACACCUACACCACAACGUCUGAUUGGUUCAGAUUGAUUCGACAAAUCCUCGCCCAUCAUUUAACAAUAAGGGGUGAGACUCAUUCUUUCAACGGACUCGCUCUAUUGCACCCAGAGCAGGAUUAGAGCGCUGAACUUCGCCAACGCGUCCAGGUCUCUACUGGAUCUAUUCCAUAGUGUUAUCACCUCAGGUACCCAUUUGAAGAUGAUUCGAGGAUUACUGCUGGUGGUAUUUUUUCUCGUCACUGAACCCCCUUUCUGUCAGUCAAGCUGCAUAGAGGUCGAGGCGCAGGGAUCGAGUUCCGAUGACACUCCAAGCUUUCGGAAUCCUCCGCGGGAGUUACUGAAGAGAUAUAACGACUUAGACUAUGACAGCUUCGUGGGUUUAAUGGGGCGCAGGAGCACCGAUACUGAAGAAAUACCAUCCCCACUCAAAAGAGAAAUGCAUGAUAUUUUUGUUGGACUAAUGGGUCGCAGGAGUUCUGACACAGGCACCGGACGUCCCUGGAGAAAGGACUACCCAGGAACAAGAGGCAUCUUCUUCAGCAAAUGCAAGCAGAGGUUUCGUCGUGGAUUAUAGUCCUGCUUCUGCUGCCAAGGAGACAUCUUCAAUAUUUAGGCAACGUAUUUUUCAGACAUGCUUUCAUGUAAAAAGAAAAAAAACAUUUCUUCUACAGAAACACUGCAAAGGCAUACCUUUAUGUAAUUAUGAGAAAGAUAAUUUAUACAUUGAAACAAUAUACUGUGACAAACCAACAGUUUGUAUAUUUGCAGAUACACUCUCCAAUUGCCGUUUGCUUUUUUGAUUAUGUAUGUACCACUGUUUUAAUUUAUUUCCCAGACUUAUUCUGAAUUGACCUAUUUUUUGUAAAUAAACACUAUUUAAUUUACUGUUGUGGUAAUUAAGUACACUGUGGGUCUAAGCCUUUACUGGCCACACAACAUCCAUCAUCAUAUUUAAACCAACAAACAACAGUCGUGGUGAUUAAUCACAGUCGGA